AUGGAACCACUGGGAUGGAUUCAUACACAACCAAAUGAAUUACCACAAUUAUCUCCACAAGAUAUAUCAACUCAUGCUAAAGUAAUGAGUGAUCAUGCAUCAUGGGAUGGAGAAAAAACGAUAUGUAUAACCUGUUCAUUUACACCUGGUUCAGUAUCAUUAACAGCUUAUAAAUUAACACCAACUGGUUAUGAUUGGGGUCGAUCAAAUACUGAUCGUGGAAAUAAUCCAAAAGUUGCUCCAAAAUUUACUCCAUCACUAAUUCGACGUACCAGAGAUGUGCGGGGCAGUGAUUUUUGA